AUGAGCAAUAAGAAUACAGAUUUAUCUAAAUCACUUCGAUUUUUGCAAGUGUCGAAGUUAAUGCGUGCUUUUAAACCGGUUACUAUAAAUGGAAACUCGGCCAAAUCGGUUAUUAAACAAGUGAAAGAAAUAGAAUCAGACAACCCUGACCAUUUCAAACGUUAUAAAAAUCAUGUACGGUUGUCUUAUUUGCAAAAAUAUUUGCUUGAUUAUAUGAAAGAUAAACUGGAAAGUCCUAUUUAUUUGUCACUUAGAAUUAAACCUUCUGAUCCCGAAUUUCCAUACGAUCUAGAAAAGUUGAAUAUCAAUUUGAGUAUUCCAAGUGGGUUUCCAGAGGAUAAAUCUCAACGACCCAAAAUCAGUGUCUUGAAUGAAGAGAUUCCCAGGGGAUUUGCUUAUAAUGUCGAAGCGGGUUUUCAAAGAAUAGUUGAUAUUGCCCAAGGUACCACCAAGGAUGAUGAAAUCGCUUUGGUUGAUGGGAUAGGAUUAACUUCAAUGAUAUUGACAUUGGACAAGUAUUUGGAAUUGUUUUUGAAACAGGAAAAGAAAGAAACUAUCAAGUUUGUAAAGACCAAGAAGAAAUCUCCGCCACUAACAUCAUCAAAGCCUCAACAGAAUGUACAGCCAAGGCAACAGCCAAAUCUCAAAACAAAGACAAAUAAUAAACCAAAAGUUGACCCAAGGUUGUUACUUCAACGAAAGAAACUACUUGAAGAGAUGUGUUACAAAUUAAAUGGAUCUGUUAGGCUACUCAAAGAUGAGGUUUAUCGAGCCACUAUUCCAGUACUUCAAGAUACUGCUCCAGAACUUUGGAAGUUGAACGGGAACAUCGACCUUAUGCUCACCGUUCCACAAACUUAUCCUACGGACAAAAUAACUGUUUCAUUGAGAAACAAUUUCAAUGAAAACCUAGUGAUCAAGCAUUGCCAAGAGGACCAGUUUGAGAUGGUCAAGAUUAUUAAGCAAUAUAAAAAAUAUGAGAAAAAUAUGAUUGGUAAUGUAAAGAGUUAUGACUUUGAAACUGAAAACUUGACAGCAAUACUAAAUUAUUUGGCAAAUAACAUUGACAAAUUUGUUCUUGAUCCUGAAGAUUUCAAAAAUUACAAUGUUCUUGUUAAUAAGUUGAAGGCAGAGAUGGUCAGUACAUAA